ACAGCACAGUGCGAUAGUUUCCUAAUCUCUUUCUCCUCGCUUCAGCUUGCAUGACACUGCUCAGUUGGCAUUCUCCCAUGUCAGAUCCCAGCUGCAUCACUCUUCACUCCGCUUCCCUUCUUGCCAUGUAGUGCGCGUACGAGGCAGGCGAGAAAUGGCUUGAACCUUCCGACCCUCCAUCGUCUCACAUUCCGGCUAUUUCCCGCCCACGUUUUAGGUCUCCACGGUUCGACCCUACCGUGAGAGCCGCUUCUUACUUAUGUUUUGCCAAAGAGCUCUCCGCUAGUAACGAAUCCCUCUGUAACCGCCAUUUCCGAAGCAGUCGACGAAUAGCCAUUCCCGCAGCGACACAAUAGGGUAACCCGCAACCCAGAACCGAACCGCGAACCCCUUACUUAGCAACCGCUCUUAGGAUUAGCUUCAGUUAACGCGCUAUAGCCUGGUGCGCCUUUGCCUUGCGCCCAGCAUGCACGCGCGGAACCAUGACGCGGACGGCGCCCAUGACGGCACCGCCGGGGGGGGCGGCGGUGGCGAUGGGGGCGGGGGCGGGGGGGGGGCUACUCUGACGCAUUCAUACAGCGGCAAGCUGCACAGUUUCCUCAAAUCGCGCACCGGCGGUGCGCCUCCGCGCAUCGAAGCGUCCCCCGCGGAAGGCAAGACCGCGCGCGCGCUGCGGAAGCAGCAAGAGGAGGCCGCAGCACGCGGGCAUGACCCCGCGGGAUCGACUAAGGGCAACACGUCAUCCCCCCCGGUCCGCUUCGCGCGCACCUUCGCGCGCAAGCACCGCGAGAACGACAACCCGCAGGGGGGGGGUCCCGACGGCCCGGGGAUCGCGCAGGGGGGCGGCGCGCGGGCGGGCAGCUUCACGCUAGCCGCGGACGACUCCGCGGACGAGCCCGACUGGGGGGCGCUGGCCGCCGAGCGCGCGGCGAAGCUCCAGCUGGGCGGGGGGCGGCACUCCGGCGGGGGUUCAGGCGCGGGCACUGGCGCGGGCGCGCCUGCGCGGGCGGGCGGAAAGGCCUGGGGGGGUGGGCAGGGGCACGAGCUGGGGCGGGAGGAGGGGGAGGAGGCGGAGAGAGAGGCGGAGUUACUCGAGGACCUACCAGCGCUGAUUAGCAAGGCGCGGAGCAAUGACGUGGGGGAAGUGCGCGAGGCAGCGGAGGGGUUCAGGGACCUGAGCAAGGGGUCGGAGCGCGCGAUACAGUUUCUGUGCGACGCGGGGGGGCUGAUCGCGCUGCUGCAGAUGCUGGGCCCCGGCGCGGACGAGGCGGCGACGGAGCACGCCGUGCUGACGGUGCUGAAUCUCGCGCUUAGUAACAAGAGCAUCGCGAAUAGGUUCCUGGUGUCCGGCGCGCUCUCGACGCUGUCGAGUCUGCUGUGUCGGUCGCACAACCCGUCGAUCCGGAGCAAUACCGCGGCGGCGAUUAACGCGCUGGUGGCGCGCGGCGGCGCAGCGCAUGUGCCGUCGCUGCAGGGGCAGGGGACGGUGCGCGCGCUGCUGGACCUUGCGGAGGGGUCCGCGGAGGCGUCGGACGGGCGGCACGACGCGCUGCGCGCGCUGGCGCGGCUCGCGGGGUGCGAGGCGGUGCGGGAGGAGAUGGUGGCGGAGGGCGGCGUGGAGCUCGCGCUGCGAUUGGCAGUGAGCGGUGACGUGGACGUUCUGGACGAGGUGGCGGCGCUGCUGGCGCAGCUGGGGCGCACGGGGAGCGGGAUGAGGCAAAUCUACUCGUUCCGCUGGCAGGGGGCGGGGGGGGGCGCGGGGGCCGGGGAAGAAGGCGGCGUGGGGGGAGUGGAUGUGCUGGUGGGGUUGGUGGUGGGGGACGAGGCGUCGUCUCUGACCCGCGAGAUGGCGGCGGCGACGCUGCUGAGGAUGGCCACCAAGGGCGACGAGGACUGCCGCGCCGCCGUGGUGGCCAAGGAAGGCGCGCUGCUGCCGCGUCUGGAGCGGACGCUGGGCGAGGAGUCGCAGUCGUCAGACAAGCUCAAGUCACGGGCCAAGGGACUUGCCAAUGCUCUGUCUCACUCCUGAGCAACAGGGCUACCACUGCUGCUGCACCUGCUUUGCUCUACUACUACCGCCCUCACUUGCCGUGCUGCUCUCUGCGCUCCUCUCCCCCACAUCCCUCCUCUUGUCACUCCUACACUCAACAUACCAUCAGAAUGCUCUCACUCACUCUCCUCACUCACUCACUCACUCACUCGCACCCAUCACACUCGCAUCCCUGCUUAUACCAUCCGAAGGGACAACUCUCAAGGGCCAAUUCCCAAGGGCCAAGUCUCUCGACUUCCCCUCUACCCAUGUCUCUCCCUCCCUCCACUGCAACCUACUAGCAUCUCCAUGCUUGUACACCUCCCAUGCAUUGACUGACUCUCCCACCUGCCAUACCUAUUUCGACCAUCUAUCUCACCAACUACAAUAUCUCUUGCAUGAUCCACCCUCCCUCAGCCCAGCAAGCUGUUGCCUUGGCGUUCCCCCCUCCCUUGUUUUCCUCUAUCUACCGUACCUCCUCUGGUCCGCCGCGCUUGCGCCUGUGUGACUAUUUCUUCCACACUACCGCCGUACUACCGGUACCGGUAUUUAAUUUGUUAGAAACCGAAACCCAAGGAACAAGUGUUAGAUUAUGUGAAUAAUUGACGAGAGAGGGAAACAGAGAACAUAUACUGG